GGUGGAAAGAAAGGAGAACAGUGAACAGGCCUCUGGCUCCUGCACGAAUGGCUUCACCCAGAGGCAAAGGCAGCCGCGGUGACACUUCCUCAAAGUGAAAGCGAAAGUCAAGUAGGCAGAGAGGACAGAAGAGAAGGGGACAGGAGCUGCCAGCGAGGGGUGCUUGGAGCCCCCUUUGCAGCCGGGACCUUGCCUGCGGUCGGGGGUGGGCAGGGAGACUGGAAGGGCGGCGGGAGAGGAGGGCCUGAGAGCAGCCCCCAUGGGCGCCAAGGAAUGGUGCCUGCUGAUCUGCUUGGCUCUCUCCAGGGCGGCAGACGCCGCAGAGAGGCAGUGGCGGGCAGUGGAUGUGGUGCUAGACUGCUUCCUGGUGAAGGAAGGUGCUCACCAUGGAGCUUUUGCCAGCAGUAGGAACACGGUAAAGGCCUUGUUGGUGCUGAAGCAGGUGCCAGUGCCAGAUGAUGGCUCCCUAGAAGGCCUCACAGAUUUCCAAGGGGGCACACUGGCCAAGGACGACGCCCAGAUUAUCUUCGAGGCCUCAGUGAACCUGGUACAGAUGCCCCAGGCUGAGGCCUUGCUCCACGCUGACUGCAGCGGGAAUGAUGUGACCUGUGAGAUCUCCCACUACUCUCUCCAGGCCAGGCAAGAGGCCGCCAUGGAGACGGCAGCCUGGUUCAUCACCAACGUGCAGGUGUCUGGAGGGGGACCUAGUAUAUCCAUGGUGAUGAAAACUCUCAGAGAUGCUGAGAAUGGGGCUGUCUUGCAUCCCACGCUGAACCUGCCCCUUAGCCCCCAGAGGACUGUGCGAACUGCAGUGGAGUUCCAGGUGACAGCACGGACCCCGUCCCUGAACCUCCUGCUGGGGUCCUCAGUCUCCCUGCCCUGUGGCUUCUCCAUGGCACCAGGCUUGGUCCUCACCAACGUGGAGUGGCGGCUGCAGCACAUGGGCAGUGGACGACUGGUGUACAGCUGGACCACGGGGCAGGGGCAGGCCAAGCGGGAGGGCGCCACCCUGGAGCCUGAGCAGCAACUCCUCGCUGGGGAUGCCUCCCUCACCCUCCCCAGCCUCACUGUGAAGGAUGAAGGGGCCUAUAUAUGCCAGAUCUCCACCUCCCGCUUCCGAGCGCAACAGAUUAUCCAGCUCCACGUCCAAGCUCGCCCCAAAGUACAACUGAGCCUGGCCAACGAAGCCCUGCCAAGCACCCUCAUCUGCAGUGUCACCGGCUAUUAUCCUCUGGAUGUGACUGUGACGUGGACCCGAGAGGAGCUGGAUGGAGCCCGGGUCCCGGUCUCUGGCGCCUCCUUCUCCAGCCUCCGGCAGAGCACGGCAGGCACUUACAGCAUCUCCUCCUCGCUGACGGCAGAACCUGGCUCUGCGGGCGCCACUUACAGCUGCCAAGUCACCCACGUCUCCCUGGAGGAGCCUCUUGGGGCCAACACCUGGGUUGCCCCACCAGAGCAGGGGAUGGCCUUUGGAGUCCUCUUUGCCAGCAGCCUCUUCCUCCUUGCACUGCUGUUCCUAGGGCUGCAGAGACGCCAAGCUACCUCACCAAGGCCUGCCGAGACCCCGAGGCACUCUGGGUAGCCACUCUCCUGCCUUAGACUUAAAAGAUAGUCACAUUCUCCCUGAAGGACUCUAAGCCGGGUCCCAGAGCUCAAAAAGGCCCCGGGAAAGGUAUGAAGAAGGCACAGGGACGCCGGCCUUCUGCCACCGCGUACCCUGGGCUGGUUUUCCGAGGGAGGAAAUGUGAAGAGGUGAGAGGAAGGCAGGAGGUCUGGGUGGACGUUAAAACAUGAGCCAGAUUUGAAGUGCGCUGGUAGCAAAAGGUAACAGAAAAAAAUUAAAGAAAGAACACAUGGGGGUAGUGGGGCGAGGGGUGGGGGCUGGGCCACUACGCAUAGUCCCUGAGCUCUGUCCCAAUAAACCCCCCACGUCCUCGAAA